AAACAACGUGAAUUUUGAACUGCGCAAACACUUUUGAUAAAUUUUUGGAAGCCCAACCUCAAAGCCCACUAAAAUCCGUGAGCCCGUGUUAACUUCAAAAAACGACAGCGUUUACUUCUAACGUCGUCUUCCCCAACAAAAUUACUCUGCGAACCAAUCACUCACUGUUGAGGAAGAAAGAACAGAAAAUGAAGUGGGAAUGCGCUGACGUAAGCUUAUGGAAGGCGGCUCUCUCGUCUUACAAAUCCACAAUCGAAACCUUAAACAAACCGAACCUGAUUUCCCUCGAUGAUUUCUACACGAAGGAGCUUCCGCUGAUUAUAAACCAAAGAAACCCCAAACCUUACAUUCUCACCGACGAACUCUCCAAGCUGAUGCAGUGGAAGCUCACAAGGGGGAAAUGGAGGCCGAGGCUUUUGGAUUUCGUUUCCUCUCUGGACGACGACGUCGUGAAAUCAGCAUCCCAGAAAGCGUUUGACUCUUUGCCGGAUAUUUCUAAGGCUGUCAAGGAGUUGACUGUUUUGAAAGGUGUAGGCCCCGCCACUGCUUCAGCGAUUCUCGCUGCUUAUGCUCCUCAUGUUGCUCCCUUCAUGUCCGACGAGGCUAUGGAAGCAGCGAUUGGUAACUCGAAAGAUUAUACAUUGAAGAGUUAUCUGAUCUUCGUGGAGGAGUUAAAAGCCAAAGCAAUGGUUGGUUAUGAACUUAUGACAUAUGUAUAUAUUCUGUUUCUACUAUGUACAUUUUCUUUCUGGAGUUUCAUUUGAGUGAUCUUAUUACUGCUUUGCACCUGCCUUGUGUAUUAAUAAUUCGUUCACCUGAUUUCUUAAUAAUACGUAGAUAGCUUUAAGAAUUUUUAACUGAAAUUUCUAUUCAUAUAAUGAGUUGUUGCAUUUGCCUGUCUGCGAUUAAAUUUUCAUUUUCGUAUGAUCGUCUUGGUAAUGGUGGAUAUGAUUUUCAAAGAUCUUCACAAUUGAUUGUCAUGUUAGGAUUUAGCUCCUGUAGAGCAUAUUGGCGUAUUGAUUUCAACUUUAGAUAUGAUUUAAGCCUGUGAGCAAAGCUGUGGAAAACCAUCAAUUUAAAUGGAAAAAAAAAAAUGAACAUUGUUAGUUGUUACUCCCUUUCUUGCUUUUUAGGGCCUCAUUUUGGACACUGCAUUAGAUGUCAAUACUUGAAAAGUCCUUCCAAAUACGUUGGUGAAGAAUAUUUGAAAUGUAAUGAAACAAUGAGUUUGCAUUACUUUCUUUCCAUUGCAUUGUGAUCUUGAGUGAUUCAAAUUUUCCUGAACUCUUUCACAGGAGCUGACAACAGAGGAGGACCCAUUCACACCAUCAGAUGUUGAGAGGGCCUUGUGGAGUUCUGCGAUAGCAGCCAGAUCAAAACCAUCCUCAGCCGAACCAGAUGAGUCCAAUUCAGACAAGAACACAAAAAGGAAAAGGAAGCGAUGAUAUGGGAGUUUUCUUAUUUGAUAACAACUACUGAUCCACUAGCCUGUAAGUUGAAAGUAGGAUUUUGUUUGACAAUGUGAUUUUCAGCCUAGGCUAGAUGUAGUACAGUCUAUGCAGUUGUAAAUUGCCUCCGUUCUGAGCAGAUGGUUCCAUUUUCUUGAUCUUGCUGACCUCAGUUUUGUUACAUAGAAGAGGUCAUGUGUGCUUACUGAGCAACAAAAUUCCAUCCUGGUGAUCUAGUGAAUACUGAAUACCAUCAUGUAUAAUCUGCUCAAUGGUUUUUAAUCUAGUGUUUAAUUUUGUGCCUUGUUAACAUUUAUUGUGAUCAUCAUCCACUAAUCUAUGAGCAGCUGACUGUUAUGGGUUUCGGGAUACUUGAAGGUUGCUAAUUUGAUGAUAAUUGUAUGAUACAUUGUGCAUAAUGUAAAGGAUAGUUGGCAGACUACUUAACACUCCCAAAGAAACUGGGGUUCCGGGUUCAUAACCUCUGGAGACAGUGGGAUUGUUCAGUUAUGUGAGGACUAUGGAUUACUGUAGUCGUUUAGCUUGAUCUGAUGGCUGAUGCUAUCUACAGUUUGUAGUUUGGUACCAAGUUUCCAGUCACCAUUAACUUUGGGGGCUAUAUAUUGUCUAUUUUCGGAUGGACGGCCG